UCUCCAAAACCCUAACCAUAAAAGGGGUCGACAAACCCCCAAAUCCACGAGCCAGAGAGAGCGAGAGUGCGAGCGAGUGCCCGCCCGACUUCCCCGAUCUCUCUCGACUCCAAAACAUCAUCUUUCUUCUUCUCCGCCUUCGUCUUCUUCCACCGGUACAAGCAUGGAUCAACAGCAGCAGAUUGCCGCAAUUCUCGGGGCGGCGGAAUCGGGGCCCUUCGAGUCGCUCAUAGGCCAGUUGAUGUCGGCCUCCAACGAGCAGCGCACCCACGCGGAGUCCCUCUUCAACCUCUGCCGCGACCACCACCCCGACGCCCUCGCCCUCAAGCUUGUCUCCGUCCUCCACUCCUCCCCCUCCCCCGACCUCCGAGCCAUGUCCGCUGUCCUCCUCCGCAAGCUCCUCACCCACCGCGGCAGCGGCGACGCCGACUCCCCCCUCUGGCCCCGUCUCUCCCCAUCCUCCCACUCCUCCCUCAAGUCCCACCUCCUCUCCGUCCUCCACCGCGAGCCCGACCGCUCCAUCGCCAAGAAGGUCGCCGACACCAUCUCCGCCCUCGCCGUCUUUCUCCUCCCCGAUGCCGACUGGCCCGACCUGCUCCCCUUCCUCUUUCACGCCGUGUCCUCCCCCGAGUCCACCACCCGCCUCCAGGAGUCUGCCCUUCUCGUCUUCGCCCAGAUCGCCUACGUCCUCGCCGACGAUGCCUCGUUCAUCGGCCCCCACCUCCCCACCCUCCACUCUCUCCUUCUUGCCGCCUUAUCCCACCCUUCGUCCCCCGAUGUCCGUGUUGCCGCCCUCUCUGCAGCUGUCAACCUCGUUACCUCCCUCGAGUCUGCCGCCGAUCGCAACCGUCUCGCGGAUCUCCUACCCGCCAUGAUGCGCACGCUCACCGAGUCCCUCAACUCCGGGCAGGAGGCCGCCGCUCAGGAAGCCCUUGAGCUCCUUGUGGAGCUUGCCGGAGCCGAGCCACGGUUCCUCCGCCGCCAGCUUGCUGAUGUCGUUGGUGCCAUGCUGCAGAUCGCUGAGGCCGAUGGGCUUGAGGAAGGCACGCGCCACCUGGCGAUUGAAUUUGUUAUCACCCUUGCGGAGGCCAGGGAGCGUGCUCCCGGGAUGAUGCGGAAGCUCCCCCAGUUCGUCAGCAGGCUCUUUGCUGUGCUCAUGAAGAUGCUGCUAGAUAUUGAGGAUGAACCUGCCUGGCACACUGCCGAGGUUCAGGAUGAGGAUGCAGGGGAGACUAGUAACUAUGGCAUGGCCCAGGAGUGCCUCGACCGUCUUGCCAUUGCUGUUGGUGGAAACACAAUUGUUCCAGUUGCAUCUGAGCUGCUACCAGCCUACCUGGCCGCUCCUGAGUGGCAGAAACACCAUGCAGCUCUCAUCACUCUUGCUCAGAUCGCUGAAGGCUGCUCAAAAGUGAUGUUAAAAAACCUGGAGCAGGUGGUGACUAUGGUCCUAAGCUCAUUUCAAGAUCCCCAUCCUCGAGUUCGCUGGGCGGCAAUUAAUGCUGUUGGACAGUUGUCAACGGAUUUGGGGCCGGAUUUGCAAGUUCAGUAUCACCAGAGUGUGCUCCCAGCAUUGGCAUCAGCAAUGGAUGAUUUCCAGAAUCCCCGUGUGCAGGCACAUGCAGCUUCGGCAGUUUUGAAUUUCUGCGAGAACUGCACUCCUGAUAUCUUGACACCUUACCUAGAUGGGAUUGUUGGCAAGUUACUUGUGUUGUUGCAGAAUGGGAAGCAGAUGGUUCAAGAAGGAGCUUUAACAGCUUUGGCUUCGGUGGCAGAUUCAUCACAAGAACAUUUCCAGAAGUAUUAUGAUGCUGUUAUGCCAUAUCUCAAGGUUAUUUUAAUGAAUGCUACUAACAAGUCAAAUCGGAUGCUUCGUGCGAAAUCGAUGGAGUGCAUAAGUUUGGUUGGAAUGGCAGUGGGCAAGGAUAAGUUCAGGGAUGAUGCUAAACAGGUUAUGGAGGUUCUUAUGGCAUUACAAGGAUCACAGAUGGAGACAGAUGACCCUACUAUAAGCUACAUGCUUCAGGCCUGGGCCAGGUUAUGCAAGUGCUUAGGACAGGAUUUUCUGCCAUACAUGAGUGUUGUUAUGCCUCCAUUGCUUCAGUCUGCUCAGCUGAAACCAGAUGUGACUAUUACUUCAGCAGAUUCUGAUGAUGAUAUAGAAGAUUCAGAUGAUGAAAGUGUUGAAACCAUCACUCUUGGAGAUAAAAGGAUAGGUAUUCGGACUAGUGUCUUGGAGGAGAAAGCCACAGCCUGUAACAUGCUUUGUUGCUAUGCUGAUGAGCUAAAGGAAGGCUUUUAUCCAUGGAUCGAUCAGGUGGCUCCUACAUUGGUACCUCUUCUUAAAUUUUAUUUCCAUGAAGAAGUGAGGAAGGCUGCUGUUGCAGCCAUGCCGGAACUACUUCGAUCGGCAAAACUAGCAGUUGAAAAGGGGCAAGCUCAAGGCCGUGAUGAAUCAUAUGUUAAGCAGUUAGCAGAUUAUAUAAUUCCUGCUCUAGUUGAAGCAUUGCAAAAGGAACCAGAAACAGAAAUCUGUGCAAGCAUGCUGGAUUCACUUAAUGAGUGCAUGCAGCUUGCUGGGUUGCUUCUUAGUGAAAACCAGGUCAGAAGCAUAGUUGACCAAAUAAAACAUGUGAUAACAGCUAGUGCGGCUAGGAAAAAGGAAAGGGCAGAACGAACAAAGGCAGAAGACUUUGAUGCAGAGGAAGAGGAAAUGCUUAAGGAGGAAAAUGAGGAGGAGGAAGAAGUGUUUGAUCAGGUUGGGGAUUGCCUAGGCACUUUGAUUAAGACCUUCAAGGCUUCUUUCAAUCCAUUCUUUGAUGAGCUAUCUUUAUACAUAACUCCGAUGCUGGGCAAGGAUAAAACAGCUGAGGAGAGGAGGAUUGCCAUUUGCAUUUUUGAUGAUGUCGCAGAACAAUGCCAGGAAGCAGCUCUGAAGUAUUAUGACACCUAUCUUCCUUUCCUAUUAGAAGCAUGCAAUGAUGAGAAUGCAGAUGUUAGGCAGGCUGCUGUUUAUGGAGUUGGUGUUUGUGCUGAAUUUGGUUCUUCUGUGUUUCGGCCUCUUGUCGGAGAGGCCUUGUCGAGGUUGGAUAAUGUGAUUAGACAUCCUGAUGCAUUGCACCCAGACAAUGUGAUGGCAUAUGACAAUGCAGUUUCUGCUCUUGGCAAAAUAUGUCAGUUCCAUCGUGAUGGUAUUGAUGCAGCUAAGGUUUUUCCUGCUUGGUUAAGCUGCUUACCGAUUAAAAAUGAUUUAAUUGAGGCCAAAAUUGUUCAUGAACAGCUUUGCUCAAUGCUUGAAAGAUCGGAUAGGGAGCUCUUAGGACCAAACAACCAGAAUAUUCCUAAAAUAGUUUCUGUAUUUGCCGAGGUUUUGUGUGCAGGAAAUGAUCUGGCCACAGAACAAACUGUUAGCCGGAUGAUCAGUCUCUUGAGGCAGAUUCAACAGACAUUGCCACCGUCUGUCCUCGCCUCAACCUGGUCUACGUUGCAGCCUCAGCAGCAACUCGCGCUGCAGUCUAUACUAUCUUCGUAACCCUUCCGGUGUCGCCAUGGGGAAACUGUUCUUUCUUAUGGUUUGUGUGCCUUCCUACUUUACAUCAUUAUUGCUUUUGCUUUUCAUUCUUUAUGUCUAUUCAUCAAGUUGAAUCAAGUGUGAGGGCAUUGUUCGAUCGAGUUUUAUUUAAGUUUCAAGAGAAUUUUGCAAUUUUGGUGGGGUGAUGUAUAAAAUCAACAGCUGGAAUACAUGUUUGUCAUCUGAGGUGUACAUUGUGAAGGGUGAAGAAAGAUUCUCUUCUGUUGAAUCUUACCGGUUAUAGUGGAAGGAUUGGUCAAAACGGUCUGCUGCAGUUAUAAUGAUUGUAAUGUUCAUGGAGUAAUUGAUUUCUGGUCAAGUGUCA